ACAUAUUCACAUACAUACAAUCACACUCACAUGCACACACGCGCGUGCGCACACACACACACACACACACACGGUUCUAGACAGACAAAACUCAGGGCUUGAGACUGCUUUACCCUAAGUAGCCACUGGGUGCUGGGCUUGUGGGAAGCAGAAACACACUACUAGCUUGUGGGGUAGGAAAACACAGCCUAAUAUGGGUGAGAAACAAUGCAGGCUGAAGCUGAAGCAUCAGGGGUUCUCAGACUCCGAGACAUCCAGAUGCUGUUGGAAAUCUCGGGGAGUUGGGAAUGAAGGGAGCCUAAGGGUCAACAGUGAGGCUAGGGCCAGGGAGUAGGUGCAGGAGAAACUCCAGCUUAGCUCAAGGGGUGAAUGUCUGGGAAUGUGGGGAGGUCUUCCUUGGGAGGCUUAGGUGGCGAAGCUCGGAAGAUGAAGGCUUCCUCCAUGUUCACCACAGCGGUUCUUGAGGAGAGAGACAUCAUAUUGUUUAUUCGGUGUUCAACGUGGAAAAUGGGUACAUCCCCCUUCCUCAGGGUGGACCAGGUAUUAAAUACCUUGGAAGGAAAGCUCAUUGGCUAAACCCUCAGGGCCCAUCUAGAUACCUCAUUAGCAUGGGGAACUCUGUUCCUGGCCAAGAAUCUGGUCAGGAGUAGGGAAACUCCUACCGUCCUCGGGUGGGUUUCCAAACCUAUUCAACCUUACCGAGUUUCCUGACACAGCCCACUCCCCACCCCCAUACACACACACACACACACACACACACACACACACAGAAUGAUGUCCUCAACCAGAAAAGAACAUUCAAGGCAUAUCUGGGGAGAUCAUUCUAGAGGGAUGAUGGAAGCAUAGGCGGACCAUGUGGACACAGGUAUAAGAGACAUGUGGUGUCAAGGGCAUGUAGAAAGUUUUCACUAGAAACAUUAGAAGGAAGAAGUUAUUCACUGGAUGACGAAGCACUCAGCAACAAUCUCAGAGUGAGCUAGACAUUCACGUUGGGACAUGUUGGUCCUUGAGUCCAUUCAGAUAUUCGAAUGGAGGCUGAGGUUCAAAGAGUAGUGUUCACUGGAGAUGGGAGGUCAAGUCCUCAGAGGAGUUUGCAGUGGGUGGAGAGCUGGUUGUUUAAAUCAAAGGAGUGGAGCAGAGAACAAGGACAGAAAGAAGUCUCAGCAGCCUUGAGCCCAGCUCUCACCACUGGGAUCUUGAACCAUGAAUGGAAACAAAUGAACGGAAAGGAAUAGAAUCCUGGGAGCCAAUGGGAGGAGAGUGCCUCCUAAGGGAAGGGUCAGCUGAGUCCAAGGCUGCUGCUGGUCCCUGGCGUCAAGGGCAAGCUCAUUCAGAAGACUGGACAAUCUAAGCCAAAUGGGAGAGCUAGAGACUUGGGGUGGCCUUUGUAAAGAGAAAUGUUGCUAUCAAAAGCUGAAGAAAAAUGCGGAGACAGCUGAGCAGGGUCAUGAGCCGGUUGAUGAGUGUGUUCACUGAUGAGAGAUGCUAUCAUUCAUUAGUGUGAUAAGAAGGCCAGUAGGGAAGGGACAAGUCCAUGCAUAGGUAAGAGGGGUGGGACCCAGGUGUUGUUCUUCAGGGUCUGAUGGAAUAUCUUUUCUUCUGUGUUACCUACUCUCUGGGUCCCUUUCUGGUGAGGACCAUCUCAAGUGUGGCCGAGAUCUCAUGUACAUCCAGGGAACACAGCUUGGGGGCUUUCUCAUUGACCAGAAACGUCACAGGCUCAGCAGUCUACACAACUCUUAAGCACGUGUAGCAAAAUUCCAGCACUGCCUUGAGGCCACCAGCUCUGAGUUCAAGCCCAUGGCAUGGCCUAUGUACACUUUCCAGCCCCACCAUUGUGCUGUUGGGAUGGCACAUGUCGCUUAUUUCAAAUGACAUCUUUCAGAUACUUGUGCCACUUUGAAAACACAUACUCUUGAGGGCUUGGGCAAGGUUCACAGAUAAAUAUAAUACAAUGGACACAGAGCUAAGCCCCUUCACUGUAUGGUUUCUGUGGGGUGUCCUGGGUCAAGAGGGUAUCAAACCAUUUUCCUGGGUCCUCCCAGGCUGGCAGGAAGAACCUCCCUUUUCCAACCUUAAAGUUCUUGACAUUCUAAGUGUGAUGUGAUCUCUCCCUGUUGCUUUCUGGGGACCCAGGGACUGGAUAUGCCUUUGUCUUUCCAUUGCUUUGCCUGAAGCCUUCUGUAGCUACCAUCAGCAGGAGUGCGAGACAAAGCUCAGACCAAACCGAAAAUAAAAGCACAGAGUGGGCUUUGCUCUACUCUUGAACAGUAAGAUGCCCUUACAACUCUUUUUUUUUUUAAUCUUUCAGGUCUUUAUUUACAUAUAAAAGAGCCCUUAAAGCUCUUUAAAAGUUCCUGAGUUCCUCUUUCCACAAACCAAGUAUUUCAGUCCAUGGCCAAAGACAUAAAAGAAAAGGCAGGGGAAAUCAAAUCAAAUCCUAGUAAUGUUUGUGGUAGGAAAUCUGCCCAGACAGGCUUGUGUGAGUUGCAUAAUAUUCCAAAGUCCCGUUAUCCUCGGUGGGAGAUUUUAGGGAGUGAUUUGGUUGUUUGUUAUUGGAGACACACCAAAGCUUAAGUGAAGGAUUUCUGAUAGAACAUGGGGGCCCUGUGCUUGGCAGGGCUCCAGCUGUCACCUCUGGCUUCCUGGCAUCAGCCUGACAUCAGAGGUGAAGGAGACCCUCGCAGCAGGAAAACUGGAAACAUCUAAGAACCUCUGGGAAGGUGAGGCAUACCUGACCACGGAAACCUCAGUUAACUAAAGAAGCUGAGGCCCCUUGUUCCCGUUAGUGUCUCCCUAUCUUUUAAUACUGCACCCGUGCGGUCCUUUGGUUUUAAGUGUGUCCUUAAAUAGGAACUAAAUACAUUACAUGCCUCAUUUUCCUUUGGAUUACAUUUGUGAGCUACAAGCCCAGGGAAUUCUGCUCUCCUUCCAAGUACACUGCAGCUGUGAAUUCCCAGCCCCACCCUGAAGCACGGCCUGAACCUUCCCACCACUGAGUUAGACACAGUCACUGUGACGUGUGUUUCUGGAAACUAUGGCAAAACAGUAUUCUUCUGUUUGUUUUAAUGGUUCCUAGCCAAGAGCAGGAAAAACCUUGAAAUUUGAUUUAAUUUUUUAAAGCAAAAAUCUAAGAUGUGGAGUGGGGUUCAGGCCAGCUUCUCGAAGGGGGACAGACAUUCACUGUCUGUGCCCAGGGGUGGGAUCCCAUCACAGGACUUGACACAGUCACCUCAGAACUUCUUGUGCUCACAAUGGCAUCCCAGAUAUUAGGGUUCAUAGAGUCCCAGACUAAUAAUCACUGGUCUCCUGGGUGAGCCAUCAGGUCCCUGGGCUGACAUACCCUGAUUGGCUCACUCUGAAUAUUGACCCUAGGGGUUAGGUAUGUGAACACAUCGUUCUCUUUGAUGCUCACAUUCCGACUGGUCUUUACAAAGCAGAGUCUGUGAGAGAACCUCACAUCUCACCCAUCACCUUCUUGCAACCAUCCCAAGCUAAAGCCUGCUUGAGACUGCUGGCCCUCGCCUUAUCCCCGCCCGUCUGCACCUGUCCAGAUGCCGCUUCACCAAAAGUUGUGUGUCACAAAAACGGUAUGUGCUAUUAAAGCCUGUAGGACAUACUGUGUCACUUCCUCCUGGAGGACAGCUCGCCAAGCUCGUUGUCCUGUUUCCUCUUGGGGAAAUGAAGACGUUCCAGGACAGGCAGUAACUUUGGAAACUGUAUUGGAUCAUAACUGAUUCUCCCCUUCUCUGUCUCUGGCGAGCUUCUGCUGACCCUGGAACGGUUUGGGGCCCCUCACUUGGAUUCUUGAGAUGAGUAUGAAGAAGAUGGAUUCUGUCAGCCGUACCGAGGCAUUGCAUGUGCACGAUUUAUUGGCAACCGCACUGUGUAUAUGGAGUCUUUGCAUAUGCAGGGGGAAAUAGAAAAUCAGAUCACAGCUGCCUUCACCAUGAUUGGCACCUCCAGCCAUUUAUCUGAUAAGUGCUCUCAGUUCGCCAUCCCUUCCUUGUGCCACUACGCCUUCCCGUACUGUGACGAAACCUCAUCUGUCCCAAAGCCCCGUGACUUGUGUCGUGAUGAAUGUGAAGUGCUGGAGAAUGUCCUGUGUCAGACAGAGUACAUUUUUGCCAGAUCAAAUCCCAUGAUUUUGAUGAGGCUGAAGUUACCAAACUGUGAGGAUCUCCCCCAGCCAGAGAGCCCGGAAGCUGCAAACUGCAUACGGAUUGGCAUUCCCAUGGCGGAUCCUAUAAAUAAAAAUCACAAAUGCUACAAUAGCACGGGUGUAGACUACCGGGGAACCGUCAGUGUGACCAAGUCUGGACGCCAGUGCCAGCCAUGGAAUUCUCAGUACCCACACACACACAGCUUCACUGCUCUGCGCUUUCCGGAGCUCAACGGAGGCCACUCCUACUGCCGCAACCCUGGCAACCAGAAGGAAGCUCCCUGGUGCUUUACCUUGGAUGAAAACUUUAAGUCUGACCUGUGUGACAUCCCAGCAUGUGAUUCCAAAGAUUCCAAAGAGAAGAAUAAAAUGGAAAUCUUGUACAUUCUGGUGCCAAGUGUGGCCAUUCCCCUGGCUAUCGCCUUCCUCUUCUUCUUCAUCUGUGUGUGCCGCAAUAACCAGAAGUCUUCAUCACCACCAGUCCAGAGGCAGCCAAAACCCGUCAGAGGACAGAAUGUGGAGAUGUCCAUGCUCAAUGCAUACAAGCCCAAGAGCAAGGCUAAAGAGCUGCCUCUUUCCGCUGUGCGUUUCAUGGAAGAAUUGGGUGAAUGUACCUUUGGAAAAAUCUAUAAGGGCCAUCUCUACCUCCCAGGCAUGGACCAUGCUCAGCUGGUGGCUAUCAAAACCUUGAAAGACUAUAACAACCCCCAGCAGUGGACAGAAUUUCAACAGGAAGCCUCUCUCAUGGCUGAACUACACCACCCCAAUAUUGUAUGCCUCCUCGGAGCCGUCACCCAGGAACAACCUGUGUGUAUGCUCUUUGAGUAUAUGAACCAGGGAGACCUCCACGAGUUCCUCAUCAUGCGAUCCCCGCAUUCCGAUGUCGGCUGUAGCAGUGAUGAAGAUGGGACGGUCAAAUCCAGCCUGGACCAUGGUGAUUUCUUACACAUAGCAAUUCAGAUCGCAGCUGGCAUGGAGUACCUGUCUAGUCACUUCUUCGUGCACAAGGACCUUGCAGCUCGCAACAUUUUAAUUGGAGAGCAACUGCAUGUAAAAAUUUCAGAUCUUGGGCUUUCCAGAGAAAUUUACUCUGCUGAUUACUAUAGGGUACAGAGUAAGUCUUCACUGCCCAUCCGCUGGAUGCCCCCUGAGGCCAUCAUGUACGGCAAAUUCUCCUCCGAUUCCGAUAUCUGGUCUUUCGGGGUUGUGUUGUGGGAGAUUUUCAGCUUUGGACUCCAGCCAUAUUAUGGGUUUAGUAAUCAGGAAGUGAUUGAAAUGGUGCGGAAGCGGCAGCUCUUACCAUGUUCUGAAGACUGCCCGCCGCGCAUGUACAGCCUCAUGACCGAGUGCUGGAAUGAGAUACCUUCCAGGAGACCACGCUUUAAAGACAUCCACGUCCGGCUUCGAUCCUGGGAGGGCCUCUCAAGUCACACCAGCUCUACCACCCCCUCGGGUGGAAAUGCCACCACGCAGACCACUUCCCUCAGUGCCAGCCCUGUGAGUAACCUCAGCAACCCCCGAUUUCCCAAUUACAUGUUCCCGAGCCAAGGGAUUACACCCCAGGGUCAGAUCGCUGGUUUCAUUGGCCCAGCGAUACCUCAGAACCAGCGCUUCAUCCCCAUCAAUGGAUACCCAAUACCUCCUGGCUAUGCAGCCUUUCCAGCUGCCCACUACCAGCCUGCAGGGCCUCCCAGGGUGAUUCAGCACUGCCCACCUCCGAAGAGUCGGUCCCCAAGCAGCGCCAGCGGAUCGACCAGCACUGGCCAUGUGGCCAGCUUGCCCUCAUCAGGAUCCAAUCAGGAAGCAAACGUUCCUUUGCUACCCCACAUGUCAAUUCCAAAUCACCCUGGUGGAAUGGGUAUCACUGUUUUUGGCAACAAAUCUCAAAAACCGUACAAAAUAGACUCAAAACAAUCGUCUUUGCUUGGGGACUCCCAUAUCCAUGGGCACACCGAAUCUAUGAUUUCUGCAGAAGUGUAAAAAUGUGUGACUUUUGUAAAUACACUCUCCCGGAAAAACUAGAAGGUGGCAAGAAAAGAGUUAUAUCCAAAUGUUUUUAUUGAAGGUUCUCAUUUAGCAGACAUUGCAACCAGUAUCUUCUGUGAAGUUUAACUAACUGUGUCUUGCCGGAAAGACACCAGCCAGGAAAUAGGACGCAUUGUGGGAUUUACACUCCAUCUGGGUGUAUGAUAUGUUGUUGGGAACAGACCAUUUAUUUCAAGGACUGAAAACUGCAAAACCAAUGAAGAGGAACAGAACAUAGUAAUUAUAUAGCAAACCAAAAAAAAACAGAAGUCAAAUGGUGCUCUCUCUGUGUGUUUGCCUUUGGUCACCAUGACUGAUCUACCCCCCAAAUGUAUAGACUGUAGCAUUUGUCUACCUGCUGUCUCUACUUCAGGACAGAUGUUCAGGAACGAUCUUGAUUCAACUUAGACUGUAGGCAUGUUCGAAUGGAAGUGGUGUUUAGUAUGACAGAGGGAAUCUAAGGUUACAUUUUAAGUCUCAGAUGGAAAUGAGCCAUAUAGAUGAAUCGUGUCCACAGACGUCCUCUCCAUAGCCAGGUUUCUCGGGGAUGGUGUAGAGCAUCUCUGUGUGACCUUACUCUUCUCACGAAGGCCUUUUCCACAGUCCCUGUUUUCACAAUAUGUUUACACAGGCCCUAGAGAAGGUAGAUUUGGAUGCUGGAAACGGUUGUACAUUACCGUUGAGUUAUUGCUUUAGGAAUGGGGUACCCAAAGAGGUACAGUCAGGAAAAUGGUCCCUCAGCCCGGAUCAGUAUCCAUGGGAGAAGAAACAGCGUUGUGUCACUGUUCCUUUAGUUGGCCUCCAUAGGAGCUUCCCCUGACCACUCAUGCUGCAAAUGCGUGAUGCUAGAGGCAAGCAUAACCACAGGCAUGCCAUGCCUUUAGCUUGUUUACAAGUCAGCCCAGGUCUCAGGAGUGCUUACUGUCGGUCCAGGCAAUGAGCAGGAGGAAGCCCUGUGAUGCUACCAGAGGUUAGUAAAUUCAAACUCUCACUUUGUGCUUUGCCUAGAGACGUUCACCAAUUAAAUUCCAGCCCCGAAGAACUGAAACACGUUAUUCGUGGAGCUAGCUGAAACCCAAAGACAAAAUACCCUAUUUCGCAAAGCAGAUGUCUUAAAGACAUGCUGAGUUCAUUCAAAGAUUACAAAACUCCAAACUCCUUAGCUUGGUAAACAAGCAAUUUGGUCCUUCUUGCCUUCGUUGGGGGGUGACAUCAAGUGUGCCCAUCCUGGUAUUUACUUGCCAACCACCUUUUACCAUGUUCAGAAUCUUUGGGAGAUUCAGGUUCUACACAGAAAGGAAUUUUUGAUUUGACUUUUCUUUUGUUUAAAAAAACAAAACUCCUUUAUUCUAAGAAAAAAUGUCAGCAUGUCUUGCUUUUAUUUUAAAGCUAUAGAGAUGUAUAAGAUGCACAAUAAAUCCUAGAAAUAUUUCAUGAGGGGAAGAUCCUGAUGUUUCUGCUUUUAAAAGUAGAAUUUACAUAGGAGAUAAAGGAAAUCUGUCUACCAAAAUGUGCCUAGGUUUUCCCAAACAAGCAUGAACUUAUAAGUACUAUGAACUCAAAAGAGUUGGCUAUAUUCAGAUUUACUGAGCACUAAAUUUAGACCUAUUUUGUGGCAUGAAUAAGCUGAUUCUAUGUAACAUUUCUUGAAGUGGAGUAGAGGAGAAGAUUUGUAUCCUUUUGUUGCUAUGCAACUGUUUAAUGAUGACGCUUCAAACCACAAUUCUAUAUAUCAUAUGACAAUCAAUUGUUUUCCAAGAAUAUUUAUUUUGAGUAGACACAGUCUCAGUGAAUCUGAGUUUUCACGGAGUCCCUUAAAGGGGGACUAGCACUCCAUGAGCCAGUACGAUACCUUCUCUGGAAAGUCACUAUUAUGGUUAAAAAAAUAAAUUCAACUUAGUUUUUUAUAAAGAACUCUAACAUUUAUUUUUAAGCCUUUUUUAUAAUAACUGAAGCCAUUAAGGUGAGCGGACUGAAUCUCAAAACCACUUGUUCUAAUGUAUUAAGACAGUGCUGUGAUGCUGCCCCAUGCAGCUUCUUUUGUAUUAAAAGAUCACCUUUUCCACAAGCUGAACAAAAAUCUCUUUCGCUUUGUUGACAAUGUUUUUUUGUAAGGUGAGUUUAUUGUCAGUUUUUUUUUUCUCUGCACAAAACUGUUAAUGGUUUGUAUCACGGAAGUGAAAAUAUAUCUGCAUUUUUAUACCUGGUCUGUUUCCUUAUUUCCUUUGCUUGUUUUUAACUCAGUGUAGAUUUCCUUCACCUAUAUAAUGACAGUGUUCAGGUAGUUCCCAUUACCAUAUCCUCCUUUAGCCUCACUGCAUGCGUUUAAUCACUGUAUCGCUUAAUGUUUGAUUUGUCUUUGUGGGCAUUCCAACUACAAGCAUGGACUUGUAAUGACCAACACACUAUUUUAUAUCCAGGAUAUACGCAUUUGUAUUUCACCACCAGAGAUGAUAUUAAACACUGAUUAUUUUAUGCUGCUGUUUAUUAAAAUGUUUACUCUAAAA